AUGGAUGGAGAGAAACGAUUCACCAGAGGUCGGCUGUCUCGAGGCAAAGGGCUGCGGAAGACGACUGGUUGUGCAACUUGUCGCAGGCGCCGUGUCAAAUGCGACGAACACAAGCCCUCUUGCAGCAAUUGUAUCAAGAGUAAACGGACCUGUUCCUACGAGUCGCAGCAGCACCGACAGGAUAUACGGGAGUUGAGCACACCCAAGCCCACGAAUGUUCCCGCGCAAGCGGUCGCGACAGCAGCAGCAGCAGCAGCAGCAAGUCCCGCGGCUUCACACUUAGGAGAUGAGCUGACGAUAGAUCAUGGUUCACCGCCCCUCACCCACUGCGCGUGCUGCAACCUGGGAGACGCUUGUGAGAAGGCUCGGCCCUCGAUAAUUACCAGCCCCAAUCAGUAUGUGAUAUGCCGCAACAAUGACGGGCUGGUAUUUGAAUCUACUCGUAAGGCAGGAGAUACCUGGGCCACGCCCAAGGGACACGACGCUCCUUACGAUGUUACAUCCGCCACCGACAGUCCUUCGAACUGCAUCUCAGCUGGGCCGCACCAUGAAGACAUCGCUCCUCGGUCCUCUGCUCAUGUUGAACAUGGGAUCACCGACUCGGUCGCCGUACGCACAGCCGUGUCGAAUGGCUCCAAUGUUGAGACUGCCACAGCCAGGUGGCUUGGGCUUCUCAUUGGUGAUGUGACAGCCAACGGCCUUUUAUCCGAAAUCAAUGAGGAAGGUGCAGGAAUUAACAUCUUUGGAAAUUCUACUGUCCCUCCAACGACCUCAGCCACCAGUCAGCCAAAUGGAGUUUAUCAGUCGGAAGCAUCGGCUCAACCCAAUCCUGCUUUGAUGGAGCGAUUCAUCAAGCUUGGGGGUGAACAGAUGCUAGAGAAACAAGCUUGGCACUCAGAAAAUAUUAUUGAACUGCUCCCGCAUGAGAAGCUUCUGCUCCAGAGUUUUGUGAGGCAUAUCAGUCGUUGGAUGGACUUUUUUGAUCCUAAAAAAUCGUUUGGAACAUUUGUACCACGGCUAGCAAUGCACAAUGUAGGGUUGAUGAACGCUAUUCUUUGCCUCGCCGCGCGGUAUUCCAUUGUACGAUCGACCACGGCUCCGCAAUUACAAAAAUCGCAGUCUUUUGAGCAAGUGGAUGCCAUACAGUACUAUUACAAGACACUACGUUACGUCCAAGAAGCGAUGCAAUUUGAUACAUAUAAAACAAGCUUGGAACUCCUCUCGACGACGUUGGUUAUCUCAACUUAUGAGAUGCUUGACGGGGAAAGCGUCAACUGGGAGCGCCAUCUACAAGGUGUCUUUUGGAUACAACGAUCUCAGACCAUACAUGGCGACUCGAAGGGCUUGAGAGCAGCGGUUUGGUGGGCUUGGCUCUGCCAAGAUGUGUGGGCUGCCUUCCGAGAAAGGCGGAAACCAUUCACGUUUUGGCGGCCGGUUAGGGGACUGAGCGAGUUGGAUCCUCAUGAGCUGGCUUCUAGGUCCGUCUAUUUCUUCGCGCAAGCUGUGGGCUUCUGCUCUAAGACGGGUCACGAUGAAGACGGCGAAAACGACUUGACAGCAAAAGUUCUUGAAGCUGAUCACAUACUGCAAAUGCUGGAAGAUUGGAGACAGCAUCUCACAGUCGAAUUUGAGCCUCUUCCCGCUCCUGAGACAGAAGCGGACGCGAUUUUUCCUGCUGUUUGGAUCCAUCCAUCCACAUUUGUUGCCCUGGAGCGACCUCUGUUGGGAGGGAUGAGUGAGUAUCUCGAACAUCGCAGAUUGCUCUCAAAGUGUAUCAGGAUGAUCUGCGGCAUUGCCAAGAUGCAAGAUGAUUACGAGUCCAGUGUUUUAUCAUCACAGUGCUUGUACAUUGGUGAGUGGACGAUCGAAGCCAACUAUGAAGAAUACAGAGGUUGA